AUGGGAAAAAGAUACUGGCUGAAAGAGGAAGUGAUCAAGGACAAGUUCUCGAAUAAGCUGGAAGUGAUACUCUUUGAGAAAUCAAAGAAGACAGAUCUGUUGUGGCCAAAGGAAAAGGCAAGUAUCCUUGCGGAUCCACGUGGAAUCAACUUCUUCCAAGAUAUGAUCGACGGAAAGAUUGGAUUGCCACGGCAGCUCUUCUACUAUGUGAUUGGAACUUCUGCUCCACAAUUCGCCGGACCGGAGAAUUCUGCUCUCUUCUAUCACCUUCUAUCGAUCGGAUUCAUCCCGGAGGACUUUUCGGCUCAUUUCACCCAAUUGGAUACUCCAUGUCUCCAUAUUGAGCCAAAGUUCGUUGAAGAGCGGACGCAAUUCAACGUGAAGAUGCUCUCCGACGCUCGGAACAUUGAGUGCUACCGAGCAGGCUUGGAUAAGGAAGAUGACAAUGUGGAGGAGUUGGUUGGGAACUAUGGAAAGGGGUUCAUCGCUGCAAUUGGGGAUUACUUCAGCUAUCAACGAAAAUUGAAAUCUGAAGGUUACAAGAAUUGGACGACUCCAGUGUUGGAAGUGAUUGAAGGUGAAGGAUAA